GUUCCAGUUCCACACCAGUAAUCGUCAUGUUUAUGUGGUUGCUGGCCAGUAUCGGCGGUGUUUGUUUGAAUAGGCUAUUGGAGAGAGUUGGGUAUAUAAGCCCGUCCUUUACAAGUGACCGGCACAUCUAGCCCACCAUCGUAACAGGACCCAUCGAACAUCUAAUUUCUCUCUCACAGAGUUCAUUACUUUUCAACAUGCCACCUAAAGGAGCACCAGCCAAACCUAAGUGUAAGCUAACUUAUUUCAACCUGAGGGCACGAGGUGAGCUUUCUCGACUUUUAUUUGCGCAGGGCGGACAGGACUUCGAUGAUGUUCGUGUGGAACAGGACAAAUGGCCAGCACUGAAAAAAGAUACACCCAGCGGCACAUUACCAGUAUUGGAAGUCGCAGGAAAACAGUACGGACAGAGUAUGGCUAUAGCAAGAUACAUAGCUUCCGAGGUCGGAUUGAACGGGAAAAACAAUGUAGAGCGCCUCGGUAUUGAUGAAUGCUUAUGCGAUGUCGUAGAUUUGAUGACAAAGGUCUUUGGCCCAGUGUUUGAAAAAGAUGAAGCUAAAAAGGCUGAACUUACAAAAGAAUUUGAAAACACCAUUUUGCCCGAAUAUCUGAAAAGGGUGGACUCCAAAAUCGGCAAAUCCGGCUGGAUCGUGGGAGACGCGAUAUCCGCCGCAGACCUUGCCAAUUUUGACGUCCUCGAUGGUAUAAUAAACAGGGGAAACACCAAGUGUCUCGACAAGACACCCAAAGUUAAAGCUCUCGUGGAGAAGGUCAAGGCCCAGCCCAAGAUAAAGGCGUACCUGGCCAAACGUCCUGCCUCCACCAUGUGAGAGGUUAUUACAAGACUUGUCAUUAAGCUACCUCAUAUGCUCGGACAUAAUGUUCAUCCGUAGUCAUAACAGAUGUCCCUUCAGUACACAUUAGACUUGUGGAGAUGUGGAAAAAUAGGAGGAAAACCUCCCAAGCAUUACUCAACCUUACAUUUCAGUGUGUCCUGUCUGCAUCAACGAGCAUGUCGCCUGCGUUUUGGUUCACUCUCACAUUUUCAAAUUUAAUGAUUUAUAAUAAAUGGUUUAUAGAACUUCA